AUGGUCAAGUCGCGUCUACUCGUGAUAAACGCUUUAGACAGCGAGUUUAUUCAUCUUUAUGAAACACAGAUCUCCUCUAAAGUUCUUAGAAUACUUGACAACCUAAGUACUGCGAGUUCCGCGGAACCAAACAUUCUACAUAAUUAUAACGCCUCGGAGGCAGCUGUUGAUGUAGACACAGUCGUUAUAAAGAACCUAAAACGAAAAUAUGCUGUAGAAAGAGGCGAUAGAUAUAUGCUCAAACGAAAGCUAUAA